AUGUCAAAGACAUCAGAGGUAGUGGUAGAUGCAAGAUGUGAAGUAAAGGGGAAAAUUGGAACAGUACGUUACGUAGGACAUACCUCUUUUGCAUCUGGAAAAUGGGUUGGGGUAGAAUUAGAUGAACCAUCAGGAAAAAAUGAUGGCUCGGUCGACGGCACGCAUUACUUUGAUUGUAGACCAAACCAUGGUGUUUUUUUUAGAGCGUCACAAGUUAGACUAUUAAGUGAGCCAAUUACUUUACAACAAACUCAGUCACAAACAAAUUUUGCUCCACCGAACGAAAUAAAUGGCGUUCGAUCAAUUCGUCCACCUUCAAUAGUAGGUCUAUCAAAAUUAAAUAAUGGUACUGCUGCAUCAGGAAUACCUAGUAGGCAAUCAACAAAAGGGCCAAAUACGCCAACAAAUCCAAGAUAUAGUCUUCGUAGAAUGAGUGGUCAAUCAUUUACCAGAAGGUCAAGAGGAAAUUCUGAUGCAAGUAGCAUAGAUGGCAGAAAAUUUGACAUUGAUUCUUUGGAAUAUGAUGAAGAUAUGUCAGAGAUGAAUGACAGUAAUAUUUUGACUGAAGAAUCGGAAUCUUUUGAAUUUAGCGAAUCAGAUCUCAUCAACUCUUUAUCAUUUAAACAAGAUUCUAAUAAUAGGUCAGAUAUGCCACAAAGACCAGAAUCAAUGAUUUUCCAAGACCCAUUUUCUUUACAAGAAACAUCUGCUACACAUGAUCGCGAAAAGUUUCGUGAAAACGAAAAAUUGAGAGCCGAAGCUGAAAAAUUUUUAAAUGUCAAGCCAAAACUUAAAG